CCUACAGGCGGCUGUCAGCAGCUUGCGCGGUGCAAGCGGGACAGCUGGGCUUUAUUUGGCUUCCCAGGCUGGGAACCGCUGUAGUGCAGUUGGACUUGACGUCUAGCAACACAACAUCACUGACUCUGAGCAGGCAGACACGGCGGUUUAGCACGUAAGCGACCGCAUUUACAGUUGUCGUGCCAAUGUCUGAGUGCCUCAGUACCUCGUGCUGAGCUUGGGACUGCAGCAGCGGGACAAAGGACAUAAGAGGAGAAAGAGAGCACGGGAGGAAAGAAAACACGGAAACAACCCAGAGAAAGAGCAAGGACAAUACAAGGAGUAAGCAUGCUGAUCAGAGCUGAGUUUAAGAGGAAAACCUGACUCUGGAAGAGACAGAAAGACCACAAUAUAGAUAGGUAAUUAUCUUAGUUUAAAGUCUGAAGAAAGGCUGAAACGCUCACCUGCAGCCAGACAAGUUAAGAAGCUGAGAGACCUGCCAAGAUUUCAGGGCACCUGAUAGGAUAGAGAUAAGCUUAAACACAACCACACUGCAACUUCUUAAACUUGCUUCUGUCCUCCGCUAGCUUCCUUCAACCCCAGUCAGCGGCUAAAACCCCACCAAAAGCCUUGCAUCUCUUCCCUUUAUGCUCCUCUUCCUCUUAGCUAUCACUUCAUACCCCAAGUAGCAACACUGUCAAAAGACACAUAAACCAUCAUUCAGUCUACUUAAGCAGACAGAUGUGUACUCAAGAGUGACCAUACAAGCUGUCACUGAGGAGAAGAGAAACAGUCGCCUGUUCCAGAGUUUGACAGGCAGCAGCCUUUUACCGCCAGUCAUGGACUGUUGAUGAAGAAAGAUGGCAGUGAGACUGGCAGGCCCCACCCCUUCCUCUCGGCCACCCUCCCUCCCCCCAGUGGCCGCGGCUCGGACUGGUUAAGGUUGGUCUAUUGGCAUCCAUCGCAGCAUCGGCAGCAGCUGACAGAGUGCGGGAAGGAGCAGUAUGCAGGAAACUGACUUACCAGCCACAAAUGCCUUCAAAGAGUGCAAGUUCCACUGCACCAAUGGGAAUUGUUUGCGUCUGGGCUCACUGAUCUGCAACCAGCUGAAUAACUGUGGAGACAACAGCGAUGAGGAGAACUGCCCCGUGGUCACCCAGCACCCUCCACCAGGCAUCUUCAACUCUGAACUGGAGUUUGUUCAGAUCGUCAUCAUUAUCGUGGUGAUGACAGUGAUGGUGGUGGUGAUCAUCUGCCUGCUCAACCACUACAAGCUCUCCACCUGGUCCUUCAUUACAAGGCAGAGCCAGGCCCGCAGGCACGACCAUGCCCUGCAGCAGGAUGGGUGUCUGUGGCCUUCAGACAGCGGCUCUCGACAAGGUGCCUCGGAGGUAUUAUACGCUCCCCAGGCCAGGGAUCGCUUCAGCGCUCCCUCCUUCAUGCAGCGCGACCGCUUCAGCCGCUUCCAGCCCACCUAUCCCUACCUGCAGCACCAGAUUGACCUGCCGCCCACCAUAUCGCUGUCAGACGGCGAGGAGCCCCCGCCGUAUCAGGGGCCCUGCACCCUGCAGCUCCGCGACCCCGAGCAGCAGAUGGAGCUCAACCGUGAGUCGGUGAGGGCACCGCCCAACCGGACCAUCUACGACAGUGACUUGAUCGACAUGGGAGGAGGCGGGGGUCUGGGAGGAGUUGGGGGAGGAGGGGGAGGCAUGGGAGGAGGCGGUCCAAGGCCGCCGAGCAGUAACUCGGGCAUCAGCGCGGCCAACUCCAGCAACCACGGGCGCAUGGAGGGCCCCCCACCGGCAUACAGCGAGGUGAUGGGCCACUACCCCGGCUCUGCGUUCUUUCUACACCAGCACAGCAAUAACCAGAGGGUGGGGGGAUCGGGGGGGCCGGGGAGCAGGACGAUCCAGCAGCAGAGCCAAUCAGAAAGCACAAUAGUACCUGCCAAGGCCAAGGAAGGUCAGCCGGAGGACCUGGUUUGAAGAAAAGGCCAGCAAGGCAGGCCGACCACCCCAGACUGAAAACUCUCUCUCCACUUCACCCCUGAUCACCUGUAAGCAGUGGUCUCGCUCACUCUCUCUCUGUCUCUCUGAUGUCCUCUUUCCACACUCUCAUGCACAAAUUAAUAUCAACCUUAGCUACAACAAAACAAGGAAAGAAAGGAACCAAGCGUUGAUUUAAUUUCGUUUCUUUCCAACGUUAGGAUCUCAAACAGCUAGCACUGCUGCAGCAGGACGUAUGCACUGCGUGGAGACUUUUUUUCUCUCCAUCAUAUGAGAAAGAAACAUACUGCUAGCACAGAUUGAAACAAUUUGCUUUUUUGUCCCCCCGGGUGACGGCCUUUAUCUGCGGGAACUGAGGAUGAUGUUAUUCUUUUUCUUUUUCUUUUUCUUUUUUUUUUUCUUGUUCUUCUUCUUUUUAUCGGACCGGGAUCUGUGCACAAAGCGAGGACUGAGCUGAGAAUCAAGGACUUACAGAGAACACAACAAAACAAGAGACUCACAAACCCAAAUCUUAGUGCCAAGGUUCAUGAGGAAGCAAAACAAAGGGGGAAAUGACUCAUUGAAAACACAAAAAAGAAAAGUUGCACUAUCUUUUUGCUGUAAAAGAGAAGAGGGAAAUUAUACUAUGUGAUGAUACUGAUGUUUUUGUUUUUUUGUUUUAUUUUUUUGUUUGUUUUUUGUUCUUUUGUUUGUUUGUUUUUUGUUUAUUUUGUCCUUUUCAUGAACGGACUGACUGACCGAACUUUGGCUCCAAAGUUGUUUAAACAGUUGGGAGCAAAAAAAACAAAAACAAAACAAAAAAAAAAAAACCAACAACAAGUAUUAUAAGCUUAUGUCCUUCCUUUUUUGAAAACCACAAGAAAUACUUGUACCCAGCCUAUGACAUCUCUGUCUGCUUACACCACAGGCACAGUGAGACUUAGUAAGAGAAUAACCUUGUACUGCUUCACGUCUGAGUACACUUCAGCCUAGUGGGGAUGAAAUCUGCCUUGUAACCAGCCGUUGGGUGGACAAAACAUUUCUUACUUCCUCUGAUAGUUUGUCACAAGAUUUGGAGAUGGGUUUCCUGCGCCAGAGUACACUCUUAGAAAGAUGAGAGCUGCUUGGCGAGAAACAACAUGCUCCAUACCAACAAUUCUGGGACAUCUGGCCAGCUGGUUGGAUAUCAAGUUAACCAAAAAUAGCAUCAUUCAAUAACAAAAUAAAAAACAUAUCUAAAUGUCCAUCCAGCAGCCUGGUCACGGCAGAUUCUUCUUUUCUCAACCCUGUCUCAACCUCUGAGCACUUGACACUUCCUUUUUCCUGUUUCCUGCGUCAAUAACCCCCCCCCCCUCGUCUCACCACUCAUCUUGACAUGCACAGUGCAUUCUGCCAACAGCCUCACUGAACUCCAACCCCGCCGCCAUAACAACGAAAACACAAAACAACAACAACAAAAAAUAAAAGAAGGCUUGUCUCUCCGUCUUCGUGUCUCAAAAGCCACAAAAAAAACAAAAAAAACCAAGACAUCACAAAGUGAAGAUUCCUGUCUGCAUGCGACAGCACAGCGAUCAGGUUUUAAACGAAAAUUGUUUGUGGUCAAAGUCAAAGGGCUAAGGGAGAGUCCUUUUUGUAAAAGAAAAAACCUUUUUGAAAAUCUAGCCUUUUACUCUGCUCAUCGUUGCCUUCUCCUCUGCUCUUGCGCUUUCUCUGUCUCUUGCGCUUUCUGUCUCUCUCUGCCCCACCCCCACCCCCACCCCACCCUCACCCGACGAUGAACGAUGCACACUGUUCGUCGUCCCUCCUUUCAUCCGUGUGCAGAAAAAGUGCAUGCAAAUGAUGCAGAGUCCGCCAAGCCCUUUAAAGUGGAGACUGGAGUGGAGACCUUGUUUGGCAGUGUGCUAGUGCUGUCAUCUCCUCCCCGUGUGUGUGUGUGUGUGUGUUUGUGUGUGUGUUUGUUGGUCAGACCUUUCAACAACACAGAAAAGCACUUAGUGCUCCUGCAGGAGCAUUGUGUAUGUGUGUGUGUGUGUGUGUGUGUGUGUGUGUGUGUGUGUGUGUGUGUGUGUUAGUAUAUCUGUGUGCAGCCGAGUGAUUUAUUAGUCAGCUUUGCCUGAGUUCAGAGAUUCAAGGACAUAUUACUUAUUGGGCACUGUCCAAAUUAACACAUUAUUAAUGGAGCUUUCAUUGGAAUUCAGUGGAGUGGCUCUUUUAAAAAGCCAGAGAUGCGUGAUGGUUAUUAUCGUGGUGUAGAAGUGACCUCAGUGUAAAAGCUCAAAGAAACUGCACCUCAGUCCACCCACAAGUUCCAUCAAAGCUGCACAAGGAAAAGUCCACCUGGCUUGAUAAUUCUGUUGACUGCGUCCCAAUUUCAUGCAACAGGUUUUGAGUACAUGGUGUGUUCAUACUGAAAACCCUUGUGUUUUUAAUGUGUGGUGUCAUUUUGUCCCUCAGUGCAAUGCUCAAAAGAAUUGGAGGGGCUUCUCACAGCUGCAGAGUAUUAAAACAAAUUGAGGAUGGUUAUGAGACAGCUCAAGGAGGAUCUGGGAAAAUAAAAUAUGAAGUAAUAAAUCCUUGGGAAACAAUUUUGCUUUCUCUUUGAGAAGAAAGAAAGAAGAUUAAAGGAUAAGACUGAUGCUUUUUAUUCUUAAUGUCAACAAAUCCCUUGGAAAGAAAUUGUAUAAAAUUACAACGAUCAGCCACAUCAUUAAAUGCGGUAACUGGUUUUAAUAUUACGGUUGGUUGAUGUACAUAUUAGUUCAUCUCUCAAUACUUCCUGACUCCCCUACUCUGUCUGUGGCUCUCUGCCUCAAGCCCAUUGGUCCUUACAGAAGACGUAAAUUUUUAGAAAGACCUCACAGAUACAUGAUUUGUCAAAAAAUGGUUAACUCAUGGUCCAUGGACUUUUUUUCUAAAGCUGGUCCGUCAUGUUGGACAUAAGAGAUUCACAUCCAAUGCCAAAGACCAUCUUUGAAAAGAGAAAGGGGUUACAGUCUGUCCCCCAUACAUACGGCCAGGCUAGAGUCCCAUACUAUGGUCAUGUCAUAACAACUGAGCUAAAUUGCUGGACAACUGAGCAAACUCAAUCUGUGGAGGAAGACCUGUGAUAGGUGGUGGAAAGCUCCAGGAAAAGGGAGUUCCUGCCUCCAAUGUCAAGAACCGAUUUUCAAGCUCACCAAAACCGAGUUUCCUUUUUUUUUUUUUUUAAAAGGCCCAGUAAUUUUUCUAAACCAGCUGGACAAUGGUUUUAAGCAAAUGUUUCUCAAAUAAGAAGAAAUAGUGCGUAUUUUCGGCACUGUUUUCAGUGGCGGUUUGAUACACAUUUGGUGUUCCGCUUAGUAUCUGGGCUAAUUGGAGUACAAGUCAAAAGAGAGUGCAGUGUGUGUUCGUGCUAAUGAAGGAACAUGUUACCUAUUUCAAUUGUGUGCCUCACUGAUGUGUUUUCAUUCGUUUUUGGACAACAAGGGAGCUGUCUGGCACAGAGGAAUAAAAUACACGCACAAUACUUGCUGGUAGGAACAACACAUAGUCAGUUUGGUCUUCUCAUGGAAUUAACUGACAAUUACAAAAAUUUAGAAUGUCACCAGACUUAUCCUUUAAUCAGUUCAUUAAGACGUAAGAAAGAAAAAGUAAGAAAAGUACAUUGAUUUGUUGUAUAUGUACUAACUGAAAAACCAGUAAACGUUGACAAUUGGUAUAUAGUAGAUACCUUCAUACUAUUAUUACAUAGUAUGGAAUUGGAACACGGCAAUCAUUUACACUCAAAUGAAAUUAUUGGACACAUGAUGUGUAAGGAAUUUAGAGUGUAAAGUCGCUUAAUGCAGCAGAUCUGAGUUCCAGCUGAAACGUCAAACCGGGAACCUGGAAACGUUCCUGUCAGUAGUGAGGAAAGAACUAGCAUCCCCGUCUUGUGCACUUCCGGAGCACAUCUGGUUUUACGCUCUGCAGAUGUCAUGAUGAUGGGAGAAAAAAAGCAUUUGCUCGGUUUGAACGAGAGCCCUGUGAUUCUGCUACCAUCAGUGUGUUUGAAUGUUUGCAUGUGUGUUUUCUGGUUAGUCUGUCCAUCUGGCUCUACAGUUGUCUGUAUGUGUGUGUCACUACAUCACUGCUGCUAUUGCUGUUGCUGCUACUGCUACUAUUGUUGCUACUGCUGCUUCUCAUGUCCCUCCCCCAGUCCCUCUGUCCUUCUGUCCGUCCUUUCCCCUCAAAUCAUCCAUGACUAGAAGGAGAGAAAUGUGACCCUCUGCAGUCAAGAGCACAAGUAUUGAGACAAAACGUGGUCUUGUUUCCUGUAAGACCCAUACUGAAACAUUUUCCUUUUGUUACACAGAAAAGUCUGGGUGAAGAGAUUGUCCCAACACUUUGGCCUUUGACUGUACGGACCUGCUUAAAACCUGGGUUUCUUUCCUCUUUUUCUUCCUUCUUUCUGUUGUUUCUUCAGCUUGUUCUGUCUGCGCAGUCAUAGCUUGUAAAUAGAGGCUAUAAAGAUGGAUUUUAUGUUUUCUACAAGGAGGUUUGCAUGUUACUAUUAUGUGAGUAAAUAAGGUGCCUAAUGUUCAUGUUUGAGCAGACCACACCUUGGUUAAACUGCUACUCGGAAUCCUUACAGGUGCUUUAUCUCGGAGUGACCACCUGUCUGGCAGAAUGGAACAAAAAUACGAGGAAGGGUUGGUUAGGAUUGGUUAAA